GUGCAUUUCAAUGUUAGUGAAAAUAAAGAGCACUAGGGCCUUAUGUAGUGCACUACACCACAGUUACAAACACGCCCAUCCGGAUGAGUUAGGCAGCGAAGAAGGAACACAGAAACACAGACGGACGCACGAGCCACCUACGAAGUCCAACUUAAAUCAGACGAAGGCUGCGACUUCUCUCGAGCCGCGCCGAACUCCCCCACGAGCUCGAGAUCGUAGCGAUUCGCGCGCAAAGUCGGAAACGCAAGGAAACCCUGAGACGAGUGUGAAAGCACCCAGAAUGCAUCGCGCGGUUUUCUGCGAGUCACAUGACCCCGACACUGAGGCGGAAGUGAAAAGCUAAACACAGGACCCGAGCCGUGAAAAUAACGGUGGUGAUGUGAUGGCAGCUGCCAGUGUGAGUCGACCCGGCGGUUUGCCGAACACAGAGAAAUCUCAGCUCACCUUAAAAGUGGUAUCAGCGAGGCCUCAGUCUCCAAAGCUUCCUGCUCGUCUGUCGCGCGGCAGCUCGUUUGUGGAGGUGACGGCUGACGGUCUGAGCGCCGAGACCAAGAAAACCUGCAAACGCAGCGGCAACGACCUGCAGUGGAACGAAGACCUCACACUUAACGUGACUCCUCUGAGCCGGUUGGAUCUGAAGUUGUGGAAUUGUCACACACUGAGGAAGGAGCUACUGGGCAGCGCCACCAUCGACCUGCUCGACACACUGCGCACUCACCACGGGAAAAUGGAGAACGUGGAGCUCAGUCUGGAGUUACAGAUGGAGAAUAAAGGCUCGGUUGUGUCGGGUGGAGAGCUGAACGUCUGUUUGGACGGCUUGGUUGUUGAUCUGGGAUCGCUGCCCAAUCAUGGUGCAGAGACCGACAAGAUGCUGCAGACGGAGUGCACCAACCCUCUCAGGACUCAGUGCUCGGAGACGGCCGAGUCGACCAGCAGCCCCCGCAGAAAUGCACGAGCAGCCAGUACAGAUUCUCCUGGAGCUUCAGUCAGUACAGCGCUCACUAAUGGAGAGACAAACACAGACGCAAAACACCAGAACAAAGAUAAAGGUAGUCCUGCUGCGGAAGAAAAUGGGCGUGACCAGACCACCCCUCCAUCACCAUCACUCAGACCAGAUGCCCCUCCCACUGAUAUGUCUGCCCCACCCCCUUCAGAGGAUUCAGCUCCGCCUACACUGGAUCAACACUCACAGCCACCUGUGGAGGAUUUACCUGCAGGCUGGGAGCAGAGAGUGUUACCUCAUGGCCGAGUGUACUACGUGGACCACAACACAAAGACCACCACAUGGGAGAGACCCCUCCCUCAAGGGUGGGAGAAGCGUGUGGAUCAGCGCGGAAGGUUUUAUUACGUGGACCACAACACGCGGACGACGACGUGGCAGCGGCCCACAGCCGAGUCGGUGAGGAACUUCGAGCAGUGGCAGAGUCAGCGCAGCCAACUCCAGGGCGCCAUGCAGCUGUUCAACCAGAGAUACCUGUACCAGUCGUCUGGCGCUCCGGUUGAGAAUGAUCCUCUGGGUGCUCUUCCUCCAGGAUGGGAGAAGCGCCAGGACAAUGGCAGAGUAUAUUUUGUCAAUCACAACACUCGCACCACGCAGUGGGAGGAUCCUCGAACCCAAGGGAUGAUCCAUGAGCCCCCGCUGCCCCCUGGCUGGGAGAUGAAGUACACCGCUGAGGGUGUGAGAUACUUUGUGGAUCAUAAUUCUCGCACCACUACCUUCAAAGACCCACGGCCGGGAUUCGAGUCAGGCACACGACAGGGUGGCUCUCCGGGUGCGUAUGAUCGCAGCUUCAGAUGGAAAUAUCACCAAUUCCGCUUCCUGUGUCAUUCCAACGCUCUGCCCAGUCAUGUGAAGAUUUCAGUUUCGAGGCAGACUCUGUUCGAGGACUCGUUCCAACAGAUCAUGAACAUGAAGCCGUAUGACCUGCGCAGGAGGCUCUACAUCAUAAUGAGAGGAGAGGAGGGGCUGGACUACGGCGGCAUCGCCAGGGAGUGGUUCUUCCUGCUGUCCCAUGAGGUGUUGAACCCGAUGUACUGUCUGUUCGAAUACGCCGGGAAAAAUAACUACUGUCUGCAGAUAAACCCCGCCUCCUCCAUUAACCCUGACCACCUCACUUACUUCCGCUUCAUUGGACGCUUUAUCGCCAUGGCGCUGUAUCAUGGGAAGUUUAUCGACACUGGUUUCACUUUGCCCUUCUACAAGCGAAUGCUAAAUAAAAAACCCACGCUGAAGGAUCUGGAGUCCAUUGACCCCGAGUUCUACAACUCCAUCCUCUGGGUCAAGGAGAAUGAUGUGGAGGAAUGUGGAGUGGAGCUGUAUUUUGCACAGGACAUGGAGAUUUUGGGGAAGGUCUCCACACACUCACUAAAGGACGAUGGUGAGAACCUGCUCGUCACCCAGGACAACAAGGAGGAGUACAUCAGUUUGCUGACAGACUGGCGGUUCUCACGGGGAGUAGAGGAACAGACCAAAGCGUUUCUAGACGGAUUUAACGAAGUUGUUCCACUCGAAUGGCUUCGAUACUUUGACGAGAAAGAGCUGGAGCUGAUGCUGUGUGGGAUGCAGGAGAUCGAUCUGAGCGACUGGCAGAAAAACACCAUCUAUCGCCACUACACCAAGAACAGCAAACAGAUCCACUGGUUCUGGCAGGUGGUGAAGGAGAUGGACAAUGAGAAAAGGAUUCGCCUGCUGCAGUUCGUCACAGGAACCUGCCGGCUGCCCGUGGGAGGAUUCGCCGAGCUGAUCGGGAGUAACGGGCCGCAGAAGUUCUGCAUCGACAAAGUGGGAAAGGAAACCUGGCUGCCUAGGAGCCACACCUGCUUCAACCGUCUGGACCUGCCGCCGUACAAGAACCUGGAACAGCUGCGUGAGAAGCUUCUGUUCGCCAUCGAAGAGACCGAGGGCUUCGGUCAGGAGUGAGUGAGGGAGGGAGGGAGUGAGCGAGAGAGAGAGUAAGCGAGUGCACAGAGGAGGGGGACACCAGCGACACUUCUGUCACCCGCUGGCUGAGGACAGGGACGACACCGAAGACAGACUAACUCCAACACACAACAUUCACACUGACGUUCAUUUACACCCAUUACAUCAUAGCAGUAAUGACAUUCUGUUUAUGUAGCACUUUUUAAAAGACCAAACUUCUGUUCAAAUAUAAAAAAACUUCAAAAAAAAAAUAUCUAUAUAUAUAUUUCAGUGCAAACCAUAAAUGCUGAGAAAGAAACCGUUACCAUGGCAACCAAAUCCCUGUUAGUGUAGUAGGCUUUGUCCCUUUAAGCCUCCUCUAGGUGGCGCCACAGCUCCUUCGUUCCCAUGCCGGGGGAAUCAGCUUCACAACCUGUUAGAUAAAAUUAUUAUAAAUAAAUCUUGUAAACGAUCAGUGAAUAGCAGAACAUCUGGAGGGAGCGCGCCACAUCUGCAGCACGGGUUCCAGUAUGGUUCCAGUCUGUACAUAAUUACAUCUCACAAACACACACACACAGAUAUAGACAAGAAGAAGUGUGUAACUAUGGCAACCAGCAGUGAAUUCAAGUUAGGAUGGUGUAAAGGCAAGUGGAGUGAGUUUAAUGUGUUUGUGCGGAAGUAUGAGUGUGUAUGUGUGUGUGUGUGGGUGUGUGUGUUGUAAAAAUGAAAAUGGAUCAAAAGUGAUUUUAUUCCUCAGUUUUGUAUUUGAUUUGUGUUGAUUUGUGAGACAGUGUGUGAUACUGUACAGAGAGUGUGUGUGUGUAUGCAGACAAGAGUAGAGUUGACGCAGAGUGUGUGAGUGAAUGCGACUGGUGUACAAACAUCCAUAAUUAAACACAGUAUGUACAGAAAACCUGUGUGUGUG